AUGACCCCUUCGGUAGAAGCAAAGAUCGGAAAAUCUCUUCGGAAGCAACUAGAUGACAUGGGCUUGCAGAGUGUAAAGAUUAUUGGGUUUGAGCAUAACUGGAUUUACGCUGGUGACUACCCUGUUUCUCUGGUUCGCGAAAUAGUAGUUCUUCCUAAGAAGAUCCGAGAAGCUGACUAUCAUGGCUAG